CCAUGCUGAGGACAGGCGCAUGCGCACUGAGCGCUAUGGGCGGGGCGGAGAUUUAAAGAGACAGGCGGGGGGAAAGAGAGAGAGAGAGAGAGAGAGAGAGAGAGAGGUGAGUCUGAGGGGGCGGGGCCAGGUGUUCCUGCAGGGAGCCGGAACCGGGAGGAGGAAGAGGAAGAUGGAUGUGUCUUCGCUGAGACAGCAGUACAGGAUGUGCAGAGACAAGCAGAGGACAGAGUUUCACCUGCUGAGGACAGUGUCUCCAGGCUCCUCUGACCUCCUGGAUGUCGUCAGCAUCGUACCCGUUGCUCAGGGUUGGACGUCGUCAUGGCAACCAGCCCGCCCCUCCCCUCCCGACCCGAAGACAUCGGACCCGUGGCGCGUCCACCUGGACCUGCACCGGCGCCGCCCUGCAGUCGCCAUGGAGACAGAGCGGAGCCGCUCCAGGUCCAGAACCGCCUCCAGCUGGUUCUGGUUCCGACCCGAUCCGCCUCUGAUCUGGACCUCUGCUCUUCAUCCCCAGAUCAUCCUCACAGGCCCCGCCCACAGACACACACACGACUGGUUCUGGUUCCGCCCCUUCCAGAGGAGGCUUCACCAGACGCUGCGCCAGCCUGGACCAGAACCAGAACCAGGACCAGAACCAGGACCAGGACCAGAACCCAAGAGGUGGAUCCGGGGCCUUUCUGAACUGCUACCCGUUCCCCAGCAGGAGAACCCUGAGGAUCUCUGAGGCUGCCAGGAGGCUGGGCCUGUACCCGUCCUCCUGAGGUUCUGACGGGUCCAGAACCCGACUGGAACCCACCAGAGCUAACAGAACCUGCUAGUUCCUGUUUCCUGUCCAUUCUCCUCUGGACCUGAACAGAACCGAGCCCAGAUAAAAGCUGCUGAUUGGUCUCAUGUUUCUGUUUCAAACAUGAUGUAAAGAAAUGUCUCCAGAACCAGAACUGGACCGGUUCUGGAGACAUAAUGAAAUAUUUCCAGGACCAGACAGGUUCUGAUGAUGUAAUGUUUCCAGAACCCUUUGGUCAAAAUCAUUCGUAGCUUAUUAAUUCAUAAAUGCAGAUAUUUACUUUU